UCGACCAAUCAAGAAACGUGCGCACUGGCUUGUUCCCUCUGGGGUGUAAUUCAAAAUGUCUUAGAUAAGCAAGAUUUACUUCGGAGAUCUUGUUGCCUGAUACGGAAAAAAUAAGGCACCUCUCGAGAUAUUUUUUGAUAUUGAUUGCUCUUGGGAGGGUUGAUCAAAAGAUCCCUCGAUAUACCCAAACGACAUGGCUUUGCGAGAAUUACCGUCGACUUUAUGUCGAUUCUCGAGGAGGGAAAUAAGAUCAACACCAAUAGCGAUAGGGAGGAAUUGUCGCAGAUAUGCCUCUGGAGAAGCUGUUGCCGCAAAAGAGAGUCCAGAAGAUUUCCAGGACCUCGAAUCGCAAUCUUCAUUUGCUUCAACAUCUGUACCAAAUGAAGUCAUUGAGACUUAUGACCCUGUAAAGAGGGCACAAGGGCGGAAGAGAGAACUUCCUUCCAGUCGAUACCAAUUUCGAUCACCGAGAUACUAUCGAGGUCCUCUUCAUCCUCAUCAACCUCCACCAAAAUCAGAUCCAUCCUCUCGAGAAUUCGUUCCGGGUCCAUUUGGUCCCAAUCGUCUCGAACAAACCUAUAAAUCAACCAUCUCCCACGACAUUAUGACCAUGGCAUACGUUCACAAACCACCUGGAACCGUCACAAUUCCUAAAGGCGAUCGUUUAAGAACAUGGGACGAUUCAUCACCAUAUCAUAAAGGCAGACCAAAGAGAGGUCCUCGUGGUGGAGAUGUUUUACGUCUCAUCGAACAAGACAUUACUUGGCGCAACAUUCCUAAGAUCGAAGAAGUCACUGUUCAUUCGAUGGUUAAGGGUGCACUUGGAGAUUCCGCAUACAUGCAUGUCGCUGGUAUUUUACUACAAUCAAUUACGGGCGUCAGACCGGAAAUUCACAAAUCAACACAUAACGUCGCACAAUUCGGUAUUCGAAAGGGCAUGCCAGUUUCUUUAACUUGUACUAUGAGAAAUAACGAUGCAUUGGAAUUCCUCGAUAAGUGUAUCAAUGUGGUAUUCCCAAAAAUUAAGGAUUGGCAAGGUGUAAAGGGCUCAACUGGAGAUGGAAGUGGAAACUUGUCAUUUGGUUUUAAUAGAGAAGGAACUAUUUUAUUCCCGGAAGUUCAGGUCAACUAUGAUAUGUAUCCACCUAGGUUGAUUCCUGGAUUCCACGUUACAGUCAAAACCACCGCAACAUCCGAUCGUCAUGCCAGACUUUUGCUUAGCGCUAUGGGUGUUCCUUUCUACGGAAAGUUAGUUGAUUAAAUUCGAUCUUUCACAAAUAAAGUGUAUAAGACGAUAUAAAUCAUGUGUAAAUAUAGCAUGUAACACAAAAUCAUCAUGUGCAGCACAUCUGACC